AUAAGGUUUUACUUCCUGGUACGGAGCACAAGUGGUCAGAGUAGCUGUGUGAGAGCAGAAGGAACACUUUCCCACGUCUGAUUUCACACUUUUUUGUCCAACUUCUUCUUCAUCAUGUUGCUGUUGCUGAUCCUGUUUGCUGUGUCUUUGCGCUCAUGUGCUGCACAAAUAUCAAUGGCCUCUUCGACUGCCAUUACACGCGCAGCCGGACCACUGACAACCACAACGUAUCCUACAACAACAGCAGCCUCUUCUUCUGCCAUUACACAUGAAGCCAGUCCGACGACAACCACAACGAAUCCUACAACGCCAGCAGCCUCUUCUUCUGCCAUUACACAUGAAGCCAGUCCGACGACAACCACAACGAAUCCUACAACGCCAGCAGCCUCUUCUUCUGCCAUUACACAUGAAGCCAGUCCGACGACAACCACAACGUAUCCUCCAAUAACAGCCUCUUCUUCUGCCAUUACACAUGAAGCCAGUCCGACGACAACCACAACGUAUCCUCCAAUAACAGUGGCCUCUUCGACUGCCAUUACACACGCAGCCGGACCACUGACAACCACAACGUAUCCUCCAACAACAGCCUCUUCUUCUGCCAUUACACAUGAAGCCAGUCCGACGACAACCACAACGUAUCCUCCAAUAACAGUGGCCUCUUCGACUGCCAUUACACGCGCAGCCGGACCACUGACAACCACAACGUAUCCUACAACAACAGCCUCUUCUUCUGCCAUUACACAUGAAGCCAGUCCGACGACAACCACAACGUAUCCUCCAAUAACAGCCUCUUCUUCUGCCAUUACACAUGAAGCCAGUCCGACGACAACCACAACGUAUCCUCCAAUAACAGCCUCUUCUUCUGCCAUUACACAUGAAGCCAGUCCGACGACAACCACAACGUAUCCUCCAAUAACAGUGGCCUCUUCGACUGCCAUUACACACGCAGCCGGACCACUGACAACCACAACGUAUCCUACAACAACAGCCAGACUGACGACAACCCCAGGGGCCUUCAUCUCUUCUGUGACAUUUACAGCGUCUCCCAAAAAGCCAAAUGUGGCCAUUAUUGAAGUGAGAGUUCUGUCCCAAAUUGAGUUAAGUAACAAUACACUGCAACCAGUUUUGGACAAGCUCAAAGAACUCAUCCAGGAGGAAUCGAAUGGGACGAUCAUUAUAACAGCAAAGAAGAUUACAAGGGUUUAGAAUGUGGAGGCAAUUAGAGAUUAGAUGUAAACUUCAUUUAAAAAAAAUAUAUAUUAAUCUAAAUACCAAAUAUAAUUACCCAUCCAUCCAUUUUCUGAACCGCUUCUCCUCACUAGGGUCGUGGGCGUGCUGGAGCCUAUCCCAGCUAUCAUCGGGCAGGAGGCAGGGUACACCCUGAACUGGUUGCCAGCCAAUCGCAGGGCACAUAGAAACAACCAAAUUCGCACUCACAUUCACACCUACGGGCAAUUUAGAGUCCCCAAUUAAUGCAUGCUUUUGGGAUGUGGGAGGAAACCGGAGUGCCCGGAGAAAACCCACGCAGGCACGGAGAGAACAUGCAAACUCCACACAGGUGGGACCGGGGAUUGAACCCCGCUCCUCAGAAAUGUGAGGCUGACGCUCUAACCAGUCGGCCACCGUGUUCUCGCAAUGCCUGUGUGGGUUUUCUCCGGGCACUCCGGUUUCCUCCCACAUCCCAAAAAUAUGCAUGAAUUGGAGACUCUAAAUUGCCCGUAGGCAUGACUGUGAGUGCGAAUGAUUGUUUGUUCCUAUGUGCCCUGCAACAUUUGUGUCCAUAGAACUUGCAUAAUGUUACAGUGGAUUGAACUUUAAUCAGACAUUUGUUAAGUAGUAGAGUUCAAUUAUAUUUAACUUUGCAGUACAUUUCACUUGCAUUUAAUCCUUAAAAUGUAUUUGUUUUUAAACAUGUAUUAUGUAAUGGUCAAACAGUGCAUUAUGUUACUCACAGUGGCUUUCAAUAUUAAAUAUACUUUUUAGGAAGGUGAAUAUGAAAUGGACAUCUUUUUUUUCCAUUUUUACAAAAAUUUACUAUCAUGUUUAUCUCUUUUUCCUUUUGUUGUUGUUAACAUUUAACAAUCAUAUCUCAUUUUCUUAAUAAUCCGGAGUACUGUGAGAGAGAACUAUGGUAUACAUUUGAAAUGUAUAUCUUCUAUACAGAAGUACAUAAUUACAAAUUGUCCUUAAUUUAGUUUAUCCAUACUAUUUGGUCUGUUGUUUCGAUAUGAUAAGUACCGGUAUGUAAAAGUGCAACAUGUAUAACCUGUUCAUUCUUUCAAAUAAUAAACAAUAUA